GACCCAGGGACCGAUGAAUAGUGAGGCAUACAAGACUGCAAUAGCAAAUGGAUUUCUGGCUGGACUGAAUAAUUCAGUAUACGGAUUUGCUGCUGUGGGAGUUGUUGCCCUCAUAAUUAUUAUAAUUGGAGGAUGGGCGCUUAGGAAGAGAAUCCGAAAAUCCAAACUUCCUGAUGAGGAGCAACCAAACAUCAGCCCCGUCAUCAGGAAAGCUUCUCUGAAAAAGGAGAAGAGGUUAAAAAAGAAAACAAAGAAGGAGAAAAGGGAGGUGGAACAGAAGGAGGAAGACGACGAGGAAAUGAAGGGAGAGAAGGAGGGGAAGGUGCAGAAGAAGAAGGAUGAAAGAUCAGGGGAAGUUCUGAUUGAAACCAAAGAGAAAGCAGUACAGACAGAGAGCACACAAGAAGUAAAAUGGAAACUUUUAGAGUUUUGGAUAAAUAAAGACCUAGAAGUACAGAGACGGCGAGAGGAAGAACUAAAGGAGGAGGAGGAGUUCUUUAGCUGAAAGAACAACUGAAGCUACCAGAGCUACGUGUACCAGCCAGGGCUCUGCCUCUUCUGCCACUCCUGUGUGCCAAUAAGUCCCGCCCCUGAGAAACCAUCUUGUAUUGUCAUCCUUCUUAUCUCUACCUCUUAUUAAGAAUUCUCCAUGGUUACUAAUUAAUAAAAUUAGACCAAGUAAAUGUAA